UCGUGUUUACUAUAGGUGAGAUAGCCUGUAUAUGGAUUCCUGAGUGUGCGCACAUCGCAUCCUCAAGAGGAGAGUGGUAAAGAAGGUGGAGGAGGUGUAGGAAAACAAGCGAACCGAGCUGUGUCCGUGUUUGCUGCGCGCAGGUGGAGAGACGCAGAUCUUCAGGGUGGAGGAAGCUCACUGGAUGCAGAGAGAAGAACGACGAGGAAAGAGCGUGGAUGCUGAUUUCACGUUAAAACGCAGACAAGGACAGUUUUAAGGUUACGCUCAUUAGAAUUUAAAUCUUCCUAGAAAUACACCGUGGAAUACGAUUUUGCAGUCACGAACGAUGGAGGUCAGCUGUCAGCACUAAGACUCCCAGUUCUCUCAUUCCGCUGAUGCCCACAAGCCCCCAUGGCGCUGAUUCACGAACCUCGUGCCCCCUCUCCGUCUCUUUCCGGCUUCAACUCACCUCUCUCUGAUCCCCCAUCCUUCCGCGCCCUCGAUGCCGUGACACCCUGCACCCCUGAAAUGGACUUGACCCCGACCCAGUGCGUUCUUCGCAAUGUCCUAUCUAUAGACACUGGAGGGGCUGUCGAGUCUGGGGGUGGAGGAGGAGGAGGUGGAGGAGAGGGUCAGACUCCCGGACACAACCAGACGCCAGGCGAGGAACAACAGGAGCACUUUGCCAACAGCGUACUGAAGCUUCAUGAGCAUGAUGGGAGUCCUGGGAUGACGGAGGGACAGGGACAGGAUGUGGACGGCAGUGUAGUACGGAGCCAUGCGGAUGACGCCAGGUUACAGUGCCAGUCAGGAGGGGGAGGAGGGUUUCUGGAAGGGCUGUUUGGGUGUCUGCGGCCUGUCUGGACUAUGAUUGGGAAAGCUUACUCCACAGAGCACAAGCACAACCUGGAUGAGGCGUGGGAGGUCCCCUUUGAGGAGAUAUCUGACCUUCAGUGGGUGGGUAGUGGAGCUCAGGGUGCCGUCUUUCUGGGCAAACUGCACGGACAGGAAGUGGCCGUAAAGAAAGUACGAAACAUCAAAGAGACGGAUAUCAAACACCUGCGCAAGCUCAAACACCCAAACAUCAUCACCUUCAAGGGUAUUUGCACCCAGGCUCCAUGUUACUGCAUCCUCAUGGAGUACUGUGCUCAGGGUCAGCUGUAUGAGGUGCUGAGAGCGGGCAGGAAGAUCCACCCGUCCCUGCUCAUGGACUGGGCCAUGGGCAUCGCAGGGGGGAUGAACUACCUUCACCUCCACAAGAUCAUCCACAGAGACCUCAAGUCACCAAACAUGCUAAUCACGUAUGACGACUCAGUGAAGAUUUCUGAUUUCGGCACGUCCAAAGAGCUCAGUGACAAGAGCACAAAAAUGUCCUUUGCCGGUACGGUGGCCUGGAUGGCUCCUGAGGUGAUACGCAACGAACCUGUCUCAGAGAAGGUGGAUAUAUGGUCGUUCGGUGUCGUCCUGUGGGAGAUGCUGACAGGAGAGGUGCCCUAUAAGGAUGUGGACUCCUCGGCUAUCAUCUGGGGAGUGGGCAACAACAGUCUGCAGCUGCCUGUACCUGACAGCUGUCCAGACAGCUUCAAACUGCUUCUCAGGCAAUGCUGGAACUGCAAGCCAAGAAACAGGCCUUCCUUCCGACAGAUUCUCCUGCACCUGGACAUCGCCUCAGCAGACAUCCUGUGCACGCCACAAGAAACAUACUUCCAGUCUCAGGUGGAGUGGAGAGAUGAGGUGAGGCAUCACUUUGAGCAAAUCAAGUCCGAGGGGACGUGUAUUCACAGGCUGGAUGAGGAGCUGAUCAAACGACGCCGAGAAGAACUAAGACAUGCACUCGACAUCCGGGAGCACUACGAGAGGAAACUGGAGAGAGCCAACAACCUCUACAUGGAGCUCAACGCCAUCAUGCUGCAGCUUGAGAACAAAGAGAAAGAACUGCUCAAGAGGGAGCAUUCACUGGACAAGAAGUACCCGGGCUGCUUCAAGCACCCCAGCUCCAGACAGUCCGCCUCCACUAACUCCAUGGAGAAACUCAUGAAGAAACGCAACGUACCUCAGAAACUGCCCUCACACAGCAAGAGGCCAGACCUACUAAAGUCUGAGGUCAUCCUCCCCAAACUGGACUCUUCCAUGACCCAGGUCACAAUUCCUAACAAAGGCUCUACCUCCCCUGGCCGGUCACGCAGAGGAAAACCCCGCUACAGGAAGGCUGGAAAAGGCAGCAGCGGGGACUUGGCUCAGCUGAAGGCCACUCUCUCUUCUUCAUUAGCAAUGGUCAACGCCACCACCUCCGUUCCCAGCAGCAAACAGCACUUAGACCCCAGUGCAGCUCUCAGAGGCCUGCAGCACGACCUGUUGCUCAAAAAGAUGUACUCCUCGAGCCCGGAUCUCAUUUCAACCACUUUGGAGGCUGAAGGCCGGAGGAAGGGGCAGCUCAGGCCGGGGCUGGACAGAGCGGGCAGUCAGAGCGCCUCAGCCGGGUUGGGGGAAAGUAGGACUGAAGGUGCAGAGGAAGGGCCGGAUGUGGGUGCAGGGACUGAUGACCUCGCAGAUACACCUCCACGCAGUGACACGCCCAGCGAAGAUGCAGCUUCUAUCCCGUUCUCCAGCAGCCCUGAUUCUCCAUGCGGCAGGGGGGCAGCUGCAGGGAGGGCACCCACGCACGGGAACCCCCGUGUGUCCCACGAUGGGGAAGAGAAGGAGGAGGGGACAGUGAUCACACGUUCACCCAGAAGUCAACGCCUCACUCCUGCAGCGCUGCUCUACAGGGCAGCAGUCACACGCAGUCAGAGACGUGGACUGUCCUCAGAGGAGGAAGAAGGAGAGGUGGACAGUGAAGUUGAAUUGCCAAGGAGACGACGUCCUGUGAGCAUGUCCAAAUGCCAGUCCUUGUCCACCUUCAGCUCAGAGAACUUGUCUGUGUCUGAUGGCGAGGAGGGAAACACCACAGACCACUCCCACAGCGGCACACCAGACGUUGUCAGCACCAACACCGACGAGCGACUGGACGACAAGAGCGAUGACCUAUUGUCUCAGGGCUCCGAGAUUCCCGCCGACCCGUCUGACCCGACCCAGCUGGGCUCUGACGGGAUGUCUGAGAAGGAGGCCAUUCUGCGUCAAGUCAAAACCCAGCUCGCUAUUAACGACCAUAAUUACGAGGGCCUCUAUGACGACUCAGACUGUGACAGUGCAGAGCUGGACCAUUCAGGCAGCGCAGAACCAAGCCAACCUCCAACCAACUGGUGAAAACCAGGCACCUCAGCCCCUUCAAACGAGGGCAGAUCCAGCCUGUGAAUGCCUCUUUUGCUUCUUUUUUUUUGGACCGUAUAAUCCAUGGAGUCAUGAUCAAGGACAUUGCACAGAGGCAGGAAAUGAAAGCCUGCUUCCUUCACCACAGGGAAGAACAAAAAUAAAUCUUGUCAAAUUCAUGAUAUCCUCAGAAAUAAAUAAGAAAGCAACAAAAGAAUAUCCUAUUCCCUUUAGGAUAAUUGCAUCACGAUAAUGGCAAACUGAAUUGGGGAACAAGCUCAGUUGAUGGAUCUUGAUAGCAACUGGCCUGAGAUCAUUUUGCAAGAACUCUUCAAAUGACUCCUCAGUGACAGAGGCCGUCUCUAACCGUCCUCUGUGUCCGUUUGUGUUUUUAUCUCCGUUAUCAAAAUGUGUCAUUUUCAUUCUCAGCAAUGCAUCAGAUGUGAUUCUAAAAUCUUUUCAGGGCAUUUAUUUAUUCUUGUUGUUUUGUCGACAUUACUGACAUAGCCUGUGAUGUUGCUGCUUGCACUUAAUUUAUGAAACGUACUGAUUUUCUCCUGAUCAUUGUCAUACUAAAUUUACUUUUAAAAGAGUAUGCACUGAUUAAUCUAGUUUUUUUUUUUUUUACAGUGAAAUCAAUGAUAUUGUUUACAUUCUUAAUUUGUGAUGUUUACAUUUUUUUAUUUAUAUUUGUAACAUGGAUUAUGUUCCCACUUUCUACUCCUGUGUUCAAAUGUAAAUAUGUGAUGUUGUAAAAUGAACAAAUUUUUAAAAUGUGAGAUUGUAUAAUUUAAAGGUGCUGACGUUUCUAAUUAGGUGGCGCUACUCUGUUUUAAACCUCAAAUAGCUUAUUGAUGAUAGAAUGUACUCUAGCUGCUGUUCAUGUCCAAGCAUCGAAACACAGAUAAAAGACGAACAAAGAAAAAAAAAAAAAAAAGCAAUACGUCUGCUCUGUUAGAGAAUGUGGUGUCCUGUAAACAAAGCAAGAGAACAACAGCUGGGUUCUGUUGGGACAUACAGGUUUGUAAAAACAACAAAACAGUAUUGCAGUGUUUAUCAGUUUGAAAGCCCCUUUCUAAAGAUAUGGGGGUUUACAGCUCAUCAGAGUAUUAGACUCAUCAAAAUCAAAUAUAGAAUCAUCCAUAGAAUAAAAAGAAGCAGAAACACUUUUCUGCUAGAUAUUUUAAGAUUCUGGUUUAGAAAAGUGAACGACGGAGACACAAAACAGCAGCAUAAACAUUAGGAUAAGGAAACGUAAAAGGUUUUCUGCUCUCGCCACUGAGUCAGACUGGUGGCCAUAUGAUGUUUGCCAUGUGCUAAACCACAACUUAGAAAUGUUUAGGACAUUUUGGGAAACUUUAAAAGUGUGGCACAUAUCCUUUGUUUUACGUAUCUGUUACUACGUAAAACACUAAGCAAACAAGCGUUUCUGUGGAUGAGGUCCUUCAAGAGGACAGAAAUUACUUUUAAUCACUGUGGGUUUAAAUGACUAACAUUUGGGACCCCCAAUUUUUAAGUUUAAUUACCAACUCCUAAAAUCUGUGUACACCUACACACGAAGCCUGUGUGAUCACUUCACAGUAAGGUCAGUCUGUCAUGAUGUUACCAGCUGGAACUACAGCAAAACUGACGGUCAUUUUCCAGCAGUGUGUAAGGGCUCUUACAAAGCUGUUUUAAUGUUCUUGUGUCACUUUAUAAGACUUCUAUUAUGCACAUGUUCCAAGGUUUCUUGACUGUACUGCAGCUAAUUAGUUUGUGUUCUACUCCUUGACCAAUCAGGUCCUACUCAAUAAGCUAAAAAUGGCAGCUUCUAUUUUUUUUAUCUGGUGUUAAACAUUGAAUAUGUAAAUCAUUUCAAACUGAUUGUGGCCCCAAGAUGUAAAGCUGAAACAUCCUCCUGAAGGAUGAGAUGUUGCCAAAAAGCAAAACUACUGCCCUCUAGUGUCUACAUUGAGGAGGUACAUGUGUUUCCCCCUGAUGAUGAUGCCGAUUGAAAAACCCUGUAUAGACUCACGUUUGCUUUUUAUACUGCAUUAUUGUAACUGUACAGUAAAUAUAUUUAAGAAACAGUUUAAAUAAAAUACAACCUGUGAAAUA